AGCUAUAACUUAGACAAUAAAUGGGUGUGAGACAUUGUUUUUAAAUCAAAUAACUGUAGUGGUUUAAAAUAAAGUAUAAUAGCUUCAGUAUAAAGUAUUUCAGCCCCAUUUAAAUUUUUUUGCAUCUGGUACCAAUAGAAAGUCGAGUUGAACAAAAACAUCAAAAUGGAACCAUAUAGUUCUUAUCCAAAGAAAGAUGAUAAAAUUCUUCAUAGUCAAGAGUUUAGGUUAAAAUUUAGUGAAAGUGUUGGAGUAGAUUGGAGAAUUCUUGGGCGUUGGUUAAAUAUUGAAGAAAGCUAUAUUGACAUUAUUGAUCAUGAUAAUUCUAAAACUGAUGAAAAAGCGUUUUCAAUGUUAACUAAAUGGAUGCAAAUAAAUGAUAAUCCAACACUUGAGGCGUUAAAAACAGCUUUAAAGAACAUGAGGAGAAUGGAUUUAAUUAGAAAAAUAGAUAAAAUAACAAAAACUUCAAAUUCAUCAGAAAGUUCUACAAAAUUUACAAAGAUAGAAACUUCACAUUUACCAGAAGGUGCUCCGAAAUGUUCAAUCAAGAAAGAUAUCUCAGAGAUAUCCACAGCACUGAAAAGUUACUAUCUUACAAAUUAUGGAAAAAUAAAUGAAAUUCAACCACCAUUAAAAUCACCUGCAAAUGUUGAUUUAAUGAAUAAAUUUGUUGAUCUAUGUAUCGUUGAUGCAGUUAAUACUCAAAUAGAUGCUGUUUUUAGUGUUGAACGAGAGGAUUUUCUAAAAAAGCAAAUAAACUAUACACCAAUUCCAUAUAGUGAAAUUUUUAUGAAAGAAAAAUCUGUAACAUUAAUAUCUGGAAUAGCCGGUAUUGGGAAAACAUGGUUGCUUAGAAAAUGUUUGCUUGAUUGGUCAAAUGGACUAAUUUGGGAAAAUGUUAAACUUGUUUUUUAUUUGGAAUGCAGAAGGCUUAAUCUAUGUCAAACUAUUGGUACUAUCAACAAAUUACUAAAUGUUUUCUACAAAGAUAUUAUAAAUGAUUUUGAUAUUAGUAUUCAUCCUGCACUGUUUAUAAUUGAUGGAUUAGAUGAGUUUAAAUAUCUAAAUGAAUUAAUAAAUUGCAGUUCGAGUUGUAACUAUCCAAUUGUUAAUGUUUUAACAGAAAUUCAAAAAUAUAAAUAUAUAGUUGCUGGUAGAGUUUAUGCAAUUGAUCAAUACCAAAGUAAAUCUACAGAGCAUUGUGAUAAGAUAAACAUUCAAAUUAUGGGAUUUAAUGAAAAUGGAGUAGAUAACUAUAUAGAAAAUAAUGUUUUAGAGGGAAAAAAAGAUGUUGUGAAAGCAACUUUAAAGGAAUCUGCAAUUGCAAAGUCCAUGUCAUCUGUUCCAUUUUAUUUAUCUUCAAUGUGUAAGAUUAUUAGUAAUUCAAAAUGUUUUUACAAAAACUCUUUUUUAACAAUGACAGAUUUGUAUGCAAAUGUUUUUUUAUACUUUUUGCAAAAACACAUCAUCAAAAACAAUGAAUUGAUUUAUCAAUUGAUGGGAAACAAUUCCAAUAAAAAAUAUAUUUUGAACAUUUGUAAAAUUGCUUAUCAAUUAUUUGUUGAAAAUAAAGUAAUUUUUUCCAAAGAAGAAAUUCAAACUUUUAUUACUGACUUCGAUAAAGAUGAAGAAAAGUUUUUUGGAUUUAUAGAAAGGAUUGAAACAAAUCUAGGUUAUUCUUAUCAAUUUGCACAUUUAACAAUAAUGGAGUUUUGUGCAUCUGUAUAUGCAUAUAAUUGUUUAAGUAAUGAAGAGAUUAUAGCCAAUGAAAAGCUGAAGAGUUGUUUAUCAAUGGUUUGUGGUUUAACCAAUAAAAAUCAAAAUAGUUUAUUAAAGUUUAUUGUUAACCUGAAUUCUUCAAAAAAAACUUGUGAUGAAUCUUUAUUUUUGUUUUCUAUUUUUGGUAAGUCCUUAAUACUUUGUUGCAUUGUUAUAAGUCAUUUUAGAAAAAGUUUAUCUAUUUAUCAAAAGUGUAAGUUUAUUAAAAUCAAAAGUUUAUAAACAUUAAGUUAUUUUCA